CACAGUACACAACGACAACACAAACACACUAACACAGUGAAAGACUGAAAGUGGAGUAGUGGAAUUUAAUGUUGUUCAGUUGAUGCGUUGAUGGUUUCUCGUUUAUUGUAUUUGAAUUAUUUAGCCUAGAUCUUUUCAAUUUUCUAUUUAAAAUUAAUAAUCUAAUUUUCUGUAAGAUUCUAUUAGGAAUCAAGAAAGUUGAACAAUUGGUCAAGCUCAAUAAUUUAUUGCUCAUUCGUUUUAGUUGCACAAGAAACAACUAUGUGGUGUUGUCAAUAAGCUGUAUUAGCUCACCUAUUCCUAUAUUUGAACAAAUAAUUUGACUUUAAAAAAUGUUUUCCAUAAAAUAUGAAGAUUAUUUCGACGAAAAUUUCAAUAGUGGCUAUAUUAUAGCGCUUGUCACUUCUCUCUUAUUUUUUACUAACAGUAUUUUUUUGUUGAGUGUCCUUGUACCAAAAAGCGCGAGGGAUAGUAACCAUCAGGAAUGGAAAUGGAGAAACAUUGCAAACUCUUUUAUUCAUUCCAGUAUUACUGGAUGUGGCGCUUGUGUUUACUUUUGGCACUAUCCGAAUAUGGGUGAAGAUUUGAUCUUCCUUCACAAUAAUGCUUCCCACUUUUUGAUUGCUUUUUCAAUGGGUUAUUUUCUGUAUGAUUUCAUUGAUAUGCUGAUAAAUGAUUUCAAACCAAAGACGUACACUCUUUUCGUCCAUCAUGUAAUGGUCGUUAUGGGAUUUGGAAUAGCUAUGAUUACCUACCGUUAUGAAGGCUACGUUCUAUGCUCGCUAUUCAUUGAAAUAAACAGCAUAUUCCUCCACUUGAGGCAGCUAAUGUUGAUUCAGCAAUGGGGAAGGGAGGGAAUUCUCUAUCGUAUCAACAACACCUUUAAUUUAGGAACAUUUGUUGUCUUCCGCUUCCUUGUAAUGGGCUGGCUCACUAGAUUUUUGGUACAACACAGACAAGAUUUCUCUGCAAUCGCUUUCAGGAUUGCUGCGCUUGCUCUUGCAGUGAUCAUGGUUUUGAACAUAGGUCUGCUGCUACGUAUCCUGAAGUCGGACUUCCAACAAUGUCACUCUCACAAAGGGAGCUCGUCAGACAUAAAGACGCAGCUGGUCGACCGCGUCAAAGCCAGAUAGAAACAUUUUAUCAUUGAUGAGGUAGCUAGCAUCUAUGUUUGCACAGCUCACCAUUCAAACUUAACUUUUAACCAUGCAAAUGCAAAGUUCUUUAGAAAAUCAUAAAACACUUUCCGCUUAGAAAACUAAAAGUAGGAUGGAACCACCUAUUUUUAUACACAAUAAUCGAUAAGCUAUGUGCAUUAGUUAUUACACCAUGAAUGACUUUUUAAAAGCAGUAGAUUUAGUACUUAGUUUUCGACUACUCAUUAAUUUGCUUGGAUUUGAGUCUGUGAACAAUAAAACUUGGAUCAAUCUUGAAAUCAUUUUUUGAGUUAUGAGAAACAAAUAACUAUUCAUUAUUGCUUUAUGAUUAUAGUAGUGUUAUUUACAUUUAAAAUUCAAAAUUUGUUUCAUCAAAAGCCUAAUCUCAGCUUUCUGCAAUGAGCCAAUUUCAACUUUUAAAAGUAGCAAUCUCAUCAAUUUUCCAGUAUUAUUUUUAAAAUGGGAAUGUAUUAAUCAAAAGUAUUAUUCUAGGCUAAUGGAUUGGUAAUCCACGAUCCUUCAGUAUUUAAGAUUUCCUUGUAUUAUUGAAUGCAGUUGGAAUGUGUUUUAUACAAUUAGUUACCUCUUGUAUGAGACCUAUUUCUCAAAUUUCUAAAUUGUUGGAUAAGAUCAUGAAGUGAUAAUAAAUCAAGCAUUAGAAAUUAAAGAGAAGUCGUAAAAAUUCAUAUUAAUCAUUGAAAGAAGCCAAGAUGAUCUUGGUAAAAGUGUGAAAUGAGCUGAAAUUUAUUUAUUCCCAAGUAAGUAUGUAGAAUAUUUAUGUUGUAUUUGUAUAUAAUGUACUAUACUCAUAACUGGCAAUUUCUAGUUGAAAUUAUCAUUCCAAGAGCGUUUGUUUUAUGAAUAUUGCAUCCUAUCUUGGAAUAUUGUUGACGCUUUUAUCAGUUUUAACUUUCGUGCCCAAAAUAUUUUUAUAAAAGGAUUCGAGUCAAUAGAUAAUUACAUUCUUAGCUAAAUGAACUGAAUUCCAUGCUCAAGUAUUAUUUGCAGUGGAAACAGGUCAUAGUGUACUUGAUAUUUAUAUUUUAUUUGACUAAACAAUUACUCCAAGACAAAUUUAAACUCAAAUAUGAUUAAUGUUCAUCUCAAUUAAUUGUAUAUAUUGGAUGGGAUAGAAGUAUGAGUUGGGUCUUGGGAUAAAAUUUGAUUCCAAGACCAAGAUCUUGGAGUUGGAAUUUUCAUUUGUUAUUAGAAGUUACACUAGUCAUAAAUGCGUUUUUUAUAAUCAUGAAAAUUGUUAAUUACAGACGUUGUUUAUGUAAUUGUAAUAACAUCUAAAUGUUUAUAUUAUGAACAUCGAAAUGAAGUUACUAAUGAGUCCAUAAACAUAUCGAACUUGAGAAUUCAAUUAAUACUAAUUACACGUUAAUAUGAAAGGCCUUGAAGAUUUUUGUCGAUUUAUUUGUGAUCUCAUAUCAUUUUUGUUUCAAUUGAGAACUUCCUGAAAUAAAACUUCCUCAAUAAUCUUCCAAAUUUUAAAUAUCUAUGAAAUACUAUAUUCCAGCUAUUUCACCUAAACUUCCAUAUAUUGUGAUGACACUAUUUUUAUCUUGCUUUUCUAUUCCUUCCAUCCUCGAGUUUAAGAUUAGAGCAUUCAUAGUAGCAUUUUUUCAAUUUUUGUUGUUUUUUCUAUGUGUUAGAUUUAUUCAUUUAUUUCGAGAAACUAUGAAUAUGUCCCUCCAUUCUAAAUACCUAACUCCCUAAUUAUAAUGGUAUUUUAAAUGUUUAUGGAAAUAACUUUUGAUUUUUUUAUCUGGAUUAAAGGUAGGUACUGUUUAUUAUAUUAUUCAACUUACUUGAUGCCGUUUCUAGAUUGUUGUAAAUUAAUUCUAACUUGUAAAUUUUUUAAUUAGAAUAUGGUUUAUCAUUUUAAGCCACACCAACCGAAACUUGAUAUUGAAAUUUGAGGCCACUUUUUAUUGGGUCAAAACCACAUUACCUUUAUGUCUUGUCUUAUUUUUUCUAAUAAAUUAUGCAUUCGACUAUAUUUUAGUUCGUAGACCUUUUCUACUCUGCUUUUUAUAUCGAAGAAAAUAACACUCGGACACAAAUUCUUGACAUCUUAUUCAAACAUGCUUUAGUCAAUCUAGUCCAUUGUGUAAAUUUAUUUGGUCGAAGAACUGCGUUUCAAAAAUGGUAAAACCCAGAUCCAGAUCAAUAACGAAAUAACGUUUGAUUUAUUUGUAAAUGGAUCACACAAAAAUGAAUGUCUGAUAGUGACUAAUAAUUGAAUUUUCGUGAACUGAAUUUUAGCUGUUUUAAAAUAGCUAUUAUCAUUAGUGAAUACCCGCAUCUAUUUCAAUGAAAUUACAUAUUUAAUGAAUUGUUGGUGCUUAUGAUCUUGCACAAGAAUAACUCUGUAAAGUAUUAUUAGUAGCAACUUUUUUGUAAUAAUUUUAUUGUAUUAUAUAUAGUCUUAAAUCUCUGUAUGUCACUCAGCUUAUUUGCUGAUCAAUUGUUUGUAUCAUCCGUUAAAGUAUGCUUCCUUCAAAUUUAUAACACAGAGCAAUGUAUUGUAUGUUUUAGUUAUUAAAUUUAUUUUUUCUAUCAAA